CAUACGUCUAAGUUCCAAUAGGAGUUCUUUCCUCUUGUAUUCCGUAGCCGACAUUUUUAGUGUUUAUUCGUUUAUGUCUUUCUAAUAAAAAAAUUUUCAUUUUAUUCGAUAAAUAUGGCGUAUCGUGCAUUGCUACGAAGAUGCACCAACGAAUUAAAUAUCAAUGGGAAUGAACGCUUUAUAAAAUUAUUCUCUACGAGUUCCAUUAAAUUAGAAAAAAAAGAAGAAACAAAGGAAACACCUUCGACUGAUUUGAGGUUAUAUGCUGAAAAUAAUCCGUUCUUACCUAGUAUCGACGAACCUACUAAAGCAAUUAUCACAGUGCCAGUUGUAGAAGACGUUGGUGCAGUAUCAGGAGUACCAGAAGAACAUAUUAAAACUCGUAUGGUACGAAUAUAUCAACCUUCUAAGAAUUCUAUGCAAUCUGGCACCAAUAACAUUCAUUACUGGCAAAUUGAUUUUGAUACCCGUGAACGUUGGGAAAAUCCAUUGAUAGGAUGGACCUCGACGGGAGAUCCAUUGUCAAAUGUAAAAGUUGAUUUCUCAAGUAAAGAGGCAGCAAUCUUGCAUUGCGAAAGAAUGGGUUGGAAGUAUUACAUACAAAAGCCAAAUCAGGUUGGCCCAAAGCCUCGUUCUUACGGAUCGAAUUUUGCAUGGAACAAACGCACUCGGGUUUCUACUAAAUGAUGCAAAGUGAUAAACAAUAGAGGUACUAUCGUUAGUCAUUGAAAUAUGUAAAUAAUAAUAAUAGUAAUAAUAAUAAUAAUGAUAAUAAUAUAAUUCUAUGUAUAAAGAUGCUAUAAUUCGGUUGAAUAAACUGAUAAAACGCA